CUGUCUGUGGAUUUUGGGGGCUCCAGUGCGAUAAGGGCAAUGGCUGUAAAGGUCCUGCGGCGGUCUCCAAACUUGCAGAGUCACCAAGAAUAGGAUGUGCCAUUUUCGUUGUUAACCAGCUCGGAGGCUUCCCAGGCAGGCGUAAUCGAGUCCGUUGGAGCUGCUUCUGCGACCCAAUGAAAUAAUCGGGACUUCUGCUCCUUGCUGCCCAAGAAUGUCUUCGCUUUCAGAAUAUGCCCUGCGUAUGACUCGUCUGAGUGCCCGGCUCUUUGGUGAAGUUGCCAGGCCUACUGAUUCCAAAUCCAUGAAAGUGGUGAAACUGUUCAGUGAGCAGCCUUUGGCCAAGAGGAAGGAGACAUACGACUGGUAUCCAAAUCACAACACUUACUUUGCACUCAUGGGCACACUACGUUUUUUUGGCCUCUAUAGAGAUGAGCAUCAGGACUUUAAGGAUGAGCAGAUGCGUCUAAAGAAGCUUCGUGGAAAGGGGAAACCAAGGAAAGGAGAAGGGAAAAGAGCAACAAAAAAGAAAUAAUGUUGGUCCAGUAGGAGAAAAAGUGUCUUUCUCAGCAACUGACAGAAGAAAGUGUAUUUAUCUUUCCACAUGUUGGAGGAGUGUAAGCUUCCUAAAUUGAAGAUUAUUUGGAGGAGCAUGCAUCUCCAUGGUGAAGUCUAAUCCAGUUGAAUUAUGACUGGUUUCUUGGACACAUUCUAAUUCUGAAAAAUUAUUUUGGCCCUGGUUUUUUAAUACAAGGUUUACCUCAUUCUCUAAAGAAAUGAAUGCAUAAAUUAUUGUUGAAUGAGUUGUUUGGGGUGGAAAUGGGAUAGGGGAGUGGAGGGAAAACACGUUACAUGAGCACCCGGCAGUCUUCUCCUCCCGUCUUGCUUCUCUGCUUAACCUGCCCGAAACUCGUUCGUGUCUGGACAUUCACUCACUGUUUCCACCACCACGCUCACAAACUUCACAUGCUUCUCCACUGACUCGUUUGAGAGUAUCUAAUAUGACAGAUUAGUGACCUGAAAGGCUGUACCUAGUAAAACAGUAUGGAGUAUCUGCUGUAUACGAGGUACCGGGGUCUUGGUAAGACUGGUUAGCAACUGAAACGGUCCUUCCUCGUAGAACUUUCAAUCUCGUGGGAAAGACAUACUACAUAAUUACAUAAAUACAAUGGCUGCAAUGGAAAAAUCCCGACUUCUGUGAGAGUGUGGAUGGAUUCUGGAUUGACACAGAGAUAGCAAGAGGCCCAAACCUUUAGAGAAUUUAAAGAAGGCCUUCCUAAUGAGGUGCUUUAGGCUAAGCUCUAAAGAAUACAUAAGGGAAGGAAAAUGACGGGAAGUGUUUGAGGCAUAGAGAACAUCAUUUGCAAAGGCCACAAGUAAUUGUACUGUUGAGUUAACACCCCUGACCAGUACUGGUUGAUCGUCAGGAAGGAGAGGCUACACCAUGAAAAGGUUUGCGAGUUCUGUGAAAAGGCUUCAACUUAACCAACUUACCCUGAGGUCAGAGCAUAGUGUUACUUCUCUGAGAGAAGACUACUGUAUGUACUUGUGUAGCUAACCGCCAACACUGUAUUCUAGUAAUGAGUUGCCAAUGAAGUUGUAAGGGCUUCUCUGAUUUUUUCCCCCAAGUUGUUAUAGUGAACUCCAGCACUGCCUAGUAUAUUUUUUAAAGUACCUUUUUCUUUUUUCACUGAUGUAAAAAAACAUGAAAUUUACCCUCCUAACCAUUUUAAAGAGUACAGUAAUGUUAACGAUAUGUACAUUGUCCUGCUAAGGUACUUUUUAACCCCUUUUCUACCUCUUUUGGGAAAAGUAAGCGAAGUGCACAGGCAGGAGGCUGUAUAGCAGUUAUCCAGCUAUGAUUUUCUUUGCCUGCAACAUCAGAAGUAUUGGCAUUAAAUGUGUAAUUCCAGAACUAGUAAAAAUGUCACUACUUACGUUUUGAUAAAUGAUACUUUUAAAGGU